GGAUGCUUCCCUAUUGAAGGGAGAUUGUCUUUUCAUUUUUCAAGCGCUGCUAUUCUUUGCUGUUGUUUGCUAUUGCCCGGAUAUCAAAAUGGCGUUUUCAAGCUCAGAAUAUAGGGAGGAGUUGGUUCCUGGAACGGAAAUCCUGCUCAAUACUGAUCUCAACUCUACCCGUUCAGGAGAUGCAGAACUGGUUCUUGUACCAGAGCCAAGUGACCAGCCUGACGACCCUUUGAACUGGAGCCCAACAUGGAAAACAAUAGUGAUUGUCAAUCAAGCUUUCUUCGUCUUCAUCAGUAUCUUGACGCCACUUGCCAUUGCGCCACUGACCCCGAUUUUCAUUGAAGAAUUCCACAAGACACUUCCUCAGGUCAAUAUGCUUUUUGGAGCAGCAGCCAUGGCGCUCGGAUAUGCAAACUUCAUUAUUGUCCCGUUCAGCAAUAUAUUUGGUCGACGUCCAAGCAUCCUAAUCUGCGGUUUGAUUUGUAUCCUUGCCAAUAUAUGGCAAGCGCGCGUUACAAGCUACAACAGUUUCAUUGGCGCCAGAGUCAUUGGUGGACUGGGAGCUGCGGCCAAUGAGAGUAUCAUGCCCAUGGUUAUUACCGAUGUCAUGUUUUUGCACCAGAGAGGACUUUGGAUGGGUCUCUAUUUCUGGGCAUACUUCAUUGGCGUCAACAUUGGACCUAUCAUUUCUGGAAACAUCGCCGCUCACAUCUCCUGGAGAUGGUUCUUCUGGGUCUGCACAAUCUUCCAAGGCGUCAGCUUAAUAAUGAUGAUCUUCAUGUUCCCCGAAACCCGCUACAUCCGCGCCCUCCCCUCCGACCACACAUCCCAGACCUCCGCCCCCGCAACCCUCUCCUCCACCUCCGCCAAAAACGACGAGAUAAACAUCACUACCCAAACAACCACAAAACAAGAACCCGACAAUCAUAACCCAAAACGCUCCAUCGACCACAUCUACUCCACCAGCUCCCGCCCCAUCGGCCGUCCCUCCAAGGCCCAAUUCUCCUUCAUCCCCACGCUCCACUGGGAAGGCUCCCUCCUUCUGUUCCGCGACUUCCUCGCCCCGCUCCAGAUCUUCACUUUCCCAAUCGUCUUCUGGGCCACGAUGUCCUUCGGCUUUGCGACAAAUUGUUUGCUCGCGCUAAACCUGACGCAAAGUCAAUUGUUUGCCGCGCCGCCGUACCUGUUCAACCCGGGCAAAGUCGGGUAUGUGAAUUUUGCGUUCGUGGUGGGUGGUAUAAUAGGGUUGGUUACCGCAGGGCCGUUUAGUGAUUGGGUUGCGCUGUGGGGAGCGAAGAGGAAUGGAGGCGUGAGGGAGCCGGAGGUGAGGUUGUGGGCGUUGGUUCCUUAUAUUGCGAUUUGUCUUGUGGGGAUGACGGUUACCGCGGUCGGGUAUCAGAGGCAUUGGCCCUGGGAGGCGGUUGUGGUGGUCGGGUAUGGGUUUGUGGGGAUUGAGGUUAUUGCUAUCCCGGCUAUUGUUAUUUCGUACGCGGUCGAUUGCUACAAACACAUCCCAGGCCAGAUCAUGGUCUCUGCUACGAUCAUCAAAAAUACCUUUGGCUUCGGCAUGAUAUUCUACUUCAAUGACUGGGCCGUAAGCGCUGGUUUCAUUCCUCCUGUAUUGACGAUCAUGGCGCUAGCAGUGGGUAUUACUUUGAUUGGGAUGGUGCUUUUCUUGGCUAUGGGGAAGCGAUUCAGGAGAGCCACGAUGGGAAGUAAGGUGCAUGAACUCUAGUUUCUGGUUGGAAGAGAUAAGUAGGGAAAGUUUUGCGGGAAAAGUUGAGGAUUAAUAUCAAUGUUCAGAAACAUGUUCAUCGACAUUUCCUUGCUCCAUAUCGCCGAACCCUGUGUCCAAAUAGCAUCAACCCAAACAACGUUCCCAUCCCUCACCCAAGCCCCGAAUCAAGAACUCCUCAUUCCUCUACCUUCUUCUCCCCGCCCAUCUUCAAGAUCUUAACUCUCCGCUCUAUCUCACAAUUAGACUCAUUUCUUCUCUCAUCGUCAUCUCCUCUUACUCAUCAUAAUCCCAGCACCGAUGCCCAGCAUACG